GGAAGAGAAACUUUUUUUUUUUCUUGAAUUAAAAAUGUCUGGGAGUCCGGUGUGCUGUGACGGGACUCCGGCCAGCGGCGGGCUGCUGGAGCGGUUUGACGGGCGGACGCGUUUGCUGGUCGGGGCUCUGAUGUGCGGAGCCUCCGGGCCCCGCAGAGCCCGCACGGUGCUCCGCAGGCAGCAGCGGGCCAAGCCUCCGCCGGCCCUGCACCGCCUUGUGGAAAUACUUUGUGGAGAGGAAAUAUGUCCAGAGACUGAGGACAACCCGCUCAUAGUUAAACCGCUGCUGAGUCUGUUUCCAGCAUCGUUCAAGCAGAACCUGCUGUCCUUCAUCCGUCUGGUCCCCUCAGCUCUUCCUCGGGCCGCUGUGCUGCAGCUGCUUGAUUGCCUCAGGCAGGAGCCCCGUCCCGACCCCUGGGUGGCUGCUCUGCUCACCCAGCUGGAGAGGGACCUGGGGGCCCCUGCGGAGAAACCCCUGUACACCUCGCUGUGCGGCCAGAGACUGACGGAGCUGUGCCGGGGUCUGGUCGGUCUCGGGGGGGCAGGAGGCUGGGCCAAGUGCUUCACCGGACCACAAGCAGCAUCUGCGUCUCAGAGUGGCUCGGAGCCGGGGACACAGAGGAAGAGGAAGAGCAGCCUUGUGACUCCCGAUUCGGACACCGAGGAAACGGGACAGCAGAGUAAACGCAUCAAAGUGGAUUUCUCUCCUGUGGGGGGCAACUGGGGCACCGAGGGUCCCACCGCAGAAGAACGGGGUGCAACAGAGGAGACAUCGGGAGGACCAGGCGACGUCCCCACAGAGGCCUCAGCUGAAGAACUGAAGCCAGCGGCCGACAGUGUGUGUGGUGCACUGUCUGAACAGAUACAGGUGUCCAUUUCUCAAAUCAAAGAACUGCUCCAAAGUCAGACAGAGUGGGACCAGAGCUCCUCAGAGGCGUUCAAAGUGCUGAAUGAGUGUGACUCCGCGCAGGUGGAGGCGCUGUGCAGCGAGCUGAGCCUGCCGGACGUCCCAGAGCAGAGCUUACCCAAACUGUGCGGCAGUCUUCUGGCUCUGAGCCCCGACCUGAGCUACAGCACAGCGGCCGCGCUCAUCAGGAGCCUCCUGCUGGACAAGGUGCUGUCGCUGGCCGAGCCGGCCUCCAGAUGCCUCGUCACCGCGGCAACGUCGCUUUGCAGCCGCUACCCCAGGCCAACCUGCCACGCUCUGAUUGCACCUGUUCUGGAGGAGAAAACCACAGGUAAUCCCCAAGCCGAGCUGCUGAACAGGCUGAUUGAAGACUGCCUGGAGCCUCACCAUCGACUCCUGGUGCUUCAGAUGGCGUUGAGGACUGCGUGGAGCGAGGCGUUGCUCUCCAUCAUCCACAGCCUGCUGGACUCCAAGCCGGAGCUGAGUGAAGAGCUGUUCGGCCUCCUCGCUGAGCAGCUGGUCGCUCAGGCUCCUCACUUCACAAAGUCCAUGAAAUACGCAAAAAUGAUGCUCACCGUCCUCACCAAAUACGACGCUCACGUGACAGCUGCACACAAACACUCGCUGUCCGGCUGCCUGACGUUAAACGAGACGUUCCUCAAAAAAUCCCUUCAAGCUGCUUUGAAAAGAAUCACACACACGUGAAGUUUCAUCUGAACAUGAGCAACCCGACACUUUAAUAAACCUCUGGAGUAAUAAAAUGUUUAUCUGUUUGUUUGGUGGUUCCUGAACUAAAAGACACUGACUGACAACCGUGGAUGCCUCCUUCAGUGUAUAUAGUGAGUUAUCCUCUGCGAUAUUCUAUAUGUUAUCAAUAUACACUCAGUGGCCACUUUAUUAGGUCCACCUGUGCAGUCUAAUACAUUUUUUUGUUCUGCCAUAUUUUUUAUGGCAGAACAGUUGUAUUGGGUUGCCUUUUCUGCUGCCUAU